UCAAGGAAAACUGACUUCUUCAUUUAACUGGAACGAAGUAAACAAGUUGUUAAAUUUACAUAACAAUUCGUUAUCUAUUUUUAUAUUUGAUAAGCGUUAAUUGUAGAGCACAUUUAAAACGUCAACCCACCCAAUAAGUGAAAUAUUGAUGAAAUAAAAAUGAAUUUCGCCGGAAAAGUAGUAAUCGUUACCGGUGCUAGUUCGGGCAUCGGGGCCGCAACAGCCGUGUUCCUGUCGCGACUCGGCGCUAAGCUAUCCUUGACCGGAAGAAAUGUGAAAAACUUGCAAAAUACUUUCAAGGACUGCGAAAAGUUAACAUCCGCGUUUAUCGUACAAGCUGAUCUUACUAAAGAGAAGGAAAUCGAAAAAAUCGUUAAAGACACCGUCGACCACUAUGGUCAGAUCGACGUAUUAAUCAAUAAUGCCGGCAUUAUUGAGACUGGAACAAUCGAGAACACGAGCUUAGCUCAAUAUGACCGUCUUAUGAACACGAACGUUCGCUCCAUCUACUAUCUGACUAUGUUGGCUGUUCCACACUUGCUCAAAACUAAAGGAAAUAUAGUUAAUGUCUCCAGUGUGAAUGGUAUUCGUUCCUUCCCUGGUGUCUUGGCCUACAACGUAUCUAAGGCGUCUGUUGACCAGUUUACAAGGUGUGUGGCAUUAGAGCUUGCCGCUAAAGGGGUUCGAGUGAACUGUGUGAACCCUGGAGUAAUAUUGACCGAGCUUCAGAAGCGUGGAGGUCUCACUGAUGAGCAAUAUGCAGCAUUUUUAGAGAGGACCAAAGAAACUCAUGCUUUAGGCAGACCAGGAAAGCCAGAUGAAGUGGCUGCAACUAUUGCAUUCUUGGCGAGUGACUUAGCUAGUAACAUUACUGGUGCUAGUCUACCAGUUGAUGGAGGUCGCCAUGCUAUGUGCCCUCGCUAAAAACAAUAUUUCUUAUAUACUGUUGUAUAAAGAAAUAUCAAGUUCUUCUAAAACGAUGUGCCGUAAUUUUUUAUUUUUGUUAUGGAUCUGUAAUGUUUAAGUGUAAUUUUUGUCAUUUUAUAUGCAUUUAUAUUGGUUUUUACUUGGUAUUUAAUAAAUAUUUACAAAUGUU